CUCAGCAAGAUGGCUGCUGAUGUGUAGAGGAUGAGUCAGCUCUGGGAUCCUGCCAGCUACUCUCUCAGUUCUUCCCCCAGAGCCUCUGUCUCCAGUCUCUUCUCAAGUGUCUCUAGAUCUCUCUGCCCCUGCCUUUGCUGGAGACCAGGCAGGGGCACAGGGACUCAAAGAACAAGAGACUAUGAAUUGAAAUGUUCACUGACAUGAUGUUGAAGGCAGGGAAUGUGCAGCUAGAGACUCUUACAGAGUCCCUUGUCUGAAGAACUAGCUCCUGAGAGGGGUUGUCAUUUGUAAUCAGUCAACAAAGGGAACCAACAACCAGUCAAGGAUAUACCCUACUUGGUCUAGUGGCUGAUCCUCUCAUCACACUAAGUGCCAGGUAAGGACCAUGUUCCAGUUUUUAUCACUUCCUAUCCUUCUGUGUGUGGUGACAGUGUCCUGCUCAGAAAUAAAAUCCUGUGAAGAUGCCCAGAAGACCUGUUCAGUGAUUACCUGUGGCAUCCCAGUCACCAAUGGCACGCCAGGCAGAGAUGGACGAGAUGGACCCAAGGGAGAGAAAGGAGAACCAGGGCAAGGGCCCAGAGGUUUGCAGGGCCCUCCAGGGAAAAUGGGGCCUCCAGGAAUUCCAGGAGCUCCUGGGUUAACAGGACUGAAGGGCCAAAAAGGAGAUCUUGGAGGUAGUUCAGUUGCUGAGACUAAGCUGGCUAACUUAGAGAGAGAGAUAAGGAGCCUAAAGUCCAAGCUGGACCACACCCAAAAACUGCAAACCUUCUCCUUGGGCAAAAGAUCUGGAAAGAAGCUCUAUGUGACCAAUGGUGAAAAGAUGCCUUUUUCCAAGGUGAAGGCUCUGUGCACGGAGCUCCAGGCCACAGUGGCCACCCCCAAGAAUGCUGAAGAGAAUGAAGCCAUCCAGGGUGUAGCCAAGGACAAUGCCUUCCUGGGCAUCACUGAUGAAGUGACCGAAGGCCAGUUUGUGUAUGUGACAGGAGGGAGACUGACCUUCAGCAACUGGAAGAAGGGUGAGCCUAAUGACUUUGGCUCAGGGGAGGAUUGUGUGAUCCUUAAAGAUGACGGAGAGUGGAAUGACAUCUCCUGCUCUUCCUCCUACCUGGCUGUCUGUGAAUUCCCAGCCUGAAGAGUCAAGUUCCUCAGCCCCUCCUUGGCUCUCUGUGGAUCUCUCUGCUGCUCUAAAAGAGAAUUCACUGAUGGUUUUCUCA